GCACGAUUGUAAGUUAAGUACACUCAGCCGUGACAGUACUUACUACUUAGUAUUCUUUGCAAAGUACCGUGAUAGGAAGCUUCCAUCCGAGGGAUGGGAAAUUCUAUUACAUCGCUUUUUCGCAGUUCCCCGGGGAUUACAUGAUUUGCUAGGCCAAGUCAAGGCUAAGUAGUCAUUUUUGUCUAAUCAGUAACCAUAAUCAUCCCAUAAUCUUUCCGGGAGCUGGGACUUAUCAGUGUCACAUAUAUCAGGCCAGUUCAAGUUGGCGCGAAACUUUACACCAGCUCCUGAUCAUUUUCGACACUCACACAUGAAUCCCCCCAAAUCUAGCACGAGAGUUCGCAUAACCGCGGACCUAGGUCUUGCAAGUCAAUAUACGAACUUGCCUGGGACCGUUAUCGAGCUUAAAGGCCAGACAGCUGAAGAAAAGGGCGACCACUAUCUACAAUUAUCGCUGGUAGCCUUGAAAGAGCUUGCUAAAUUGUUGGAAUCCCCACAACUCCCAGACAGCGAGAAACAAGCGUACCACGAAGCGUACAUCAUUAAUCGGGCUCAAUAUGACGACUUGGUGCGUCUCAGGGACCAACUUUUAGGGCAGAAGAAAUCUUUUCGCCGGUUCCUUAUUAAUCUUUUUGUCCGAUCGGAUGCCAAGCACUUUUAUAAGAUCACGUAUCGGAAUUUUAAGGCUAUCAAAAGAACUUCGGAAGACCUAGUUCGACGAUUGCUGCCGGAUACGCAUGACAUCCUCGGUCCCAGAGGCUCUGCAGAAGGUGAUGUCUCUGUUUGUGAGGAGAGUCCGCGUGAUGUGGUAGAUGGCAAUAUUUCAGUCAGAGAUCUUCCUCCAAAUGCAACCAUCCAAGGCUUCAGUGUGGAUGUACAUACUGAAUCAGAAGCCGACGAAGUCCUUGCGACGCUGAAUCAAUUCGCGAACUCCGGCGAAGAAGAUGAAGAAGAUGAUCGAACCAUCAGAGCGUCAACCUCAUACAGACCGCCGUCCCCUUGCUCUACCUGCACAGUCGUCCUUAAUCAUUAUAAUGUUUACAACCACAGUGUGGUAUCAUUUGAUUCGGAACUGACAG